GUUACCCAGCUUCCUUUAUGGAGGGCUGUUGCGCACUUCCGGUGGAAGCGCUGAGGAGAGGGGGCGGAGUUUACGGAGCCGGUGGGCGGUGGGCGGUGCUGCCGGUAGCUGGGUGCUGUCCAAAGGCACUGGGCGUCGCUAGGGGAGGGAGCUGUGACCGGCUGGGCCGCACUUAGCGUGGGACGAAGCUUAGGCUACUGUUUGACUACCUGAGGCCUUCCCUUCAUGUCGGCCCUCGAGAAGAGCAUGCACCUCGGCCGCCUGCCCUCUCGCCCACCUCUCCCCGGCAGCGGGGGCAGUCAGAGCGGAGCCAAGAUGCGAAUGGGCCCUGGAAGAAAGCGAGACUUUUCCCCUGUUUCUUGGAGUCAGUACUUUGAGUCCAUGGAAGAUGUAGAAGUAGAGAAUGAAACUGGCAAGGAUACUUUUCGAGUUUACAAGAGUGGCUCAGAGGGUCCUGUCCUACUCCUUCUGCAUGGAGGAGGCCAUUCUGCCCUUUCCUGGGCUGUGUUCACGGCGGCGAUCAUUAGUAGGGUUCAGUGUAGGAUUGUGGCUUUAGAUCUGCGAGGUCAUGGUGAAACAAAAGUCAAGAAUUCUGAAGACCUGUCUGCAGAAACAAUGGCAAAGGAUGUUGGCAAUGUGGUUGAAGCUAUGUAUGGGGACCUCCCUCCUCCAAUUAUGCUGAUUGGACAUAGUAUGGGGGGUGCUAUUGCAGUCCACACAGCAUCAUCUAAUCUGGUGCCAAGCCUCCUGGGUCUCUGUAUGAUUGACGUUGUAGAAGGUACAGCCAUGGAUGCACUUAAUAGCAUGCAGAAUUUCUUACGCGGUCGUCCUAAAACCUUCAAGUCUCUGGAGAAUGCCAUUGAAUGGAGCGUGAAGAGCGGUCAGAUUCGAAAUUUGGAGUCAGCCCGUGUCUCAAUGGUUGGCCAAGUCAAACAGUGUGAAGGAAUUACAAGUCCGGAAGGCUCAAAAUCUAUAGUGGAAGGAAUCAUAGAGGAAGAAGAAGAAGACGAAGAAGGAAGUGAGUCCAUAAAUAAGAGGAAAAAGGAAGAUGACAUGGAGACCAAGAAAGACCAUCCGUACACUUGGAGAAUUGAACUGGCAAAAACAGAAAAGUACUGGGAUGGCUGGUUCCGAGGCUUAUCUAAUCUCUUUCUAAGUUGUCCUAUUCCUAAAUUGCUGCUCUUGGCUGGUGUUGAUAGAUUGGAUAAAGAUCUGACUAUUGGCCAAAUGCAAGGAAAGGUCCAGGAUAAUUGGGAUGCAAAGGGUUGUAAACUAUGUUUAAAAGACAGCAUGGUGAGGUGACAAAAGCAAAGACUCGGAGGUUGGGAGUACUACUACUUUCCUACUCAUUUUAUGACCCCAGGCAAGUUGCUUGACCUGCCUUAGCUUUAGUUUUCUCAGUCUAUAAAAUGAGAACGUGGAUGGCAGCUUCACAGGGAUCAUAAAGUAUAAUGAGUAAAAGAGCGACAUAUUGUGCUCAGGUCCAGGUGUGUUGGCCAGAUGGAAGUGGAGGCUGUGGGAACAGUUUUGUGGAGGCUCUUGCUUUAGUAUGGGUGAAAGACUUGAUAAAGGUGAAGUCAAUAGGCAUUGGCGUCUUUCGGGUUAUGGGAAGAAGAGGUGCUAACUCCAAAGCCAAGGUUUCAGGCUUAAGCAGAUUCUGUUCUUGACCUUCCUUUUUUUUCCUACUUUCUCUCUCUGGGCAAUCUCAUGGCUUUUAUUUACAUCCCGAUAACUCCCAAAGCUAAAUGUCCAACUCAUACCUCUCUCCUGAGCUUCAGACCUGCCCCAUGUAUAAAACCUAUUGGACAGCUCUACUUGGAUGUUUAUGAUCUCAAACUAUUCUUUUAGCUGUCCUCAGGCUCUCCACAGAAAAGGGGGCUAUAUUCCUUUACAACAGUUGUUCAAAGGCUCCUGAAUGAUUUAUCACAUUCUGGACCCAGGCACUCCUACCCUACCCCUCCUCCAACCACAUAAUAUCCUGAAGCCUGGAGGAAGAUCAUGGACUGGGACUGUAUGAGUUUUAUAGCACUGAUGUUGGUAAUUCUGAGUUUAGACAUCUUUCCUUAAAUUCAAUUCAAGCAAACCUUUCCUAAGCAGUCUUUCUGUGUAAGACCUAUGCUUGAUGCUGGACAGACAAAAGAAUCAGAUAUGGCCCCUGAGACUAUCUGAAAGCAGUUGAUCUGGACUGGAGUAGCAUUUGAAACCAUUGUUGAUCACCAGCUCUGGAAUCAAACAGUGCUGGCUUUGAGUCACUGUUACUAGUGUUGUGGCCUGAGUGAAUUGCUAACUUCUUUAAUCCUGAGUUUCUUCAUCUAUAAAAUAAAUAAUGCCAUAUCUCAGUACAUUUGUAUGGUGUUUAAAUGCGAAAAUGUGUGUGAAGUAAGAGUCUGACAAAUGAUAGCUUCGUUAUAUCCAGGAAGUACUACUCAUGAUUCCUCAUUAGAUGCCCUGUUAUUUCCCUAGUAAGGAUUAUGCCAAGACUACCUUCUCUUUCAGAGCAUCCCAUGAGUAUAGAAAGUAAAUGGCUGGAGUGAGGGACAUCCCAUAAGACAAAGGGAGAUGGCCAAAUUGGCAUAGAUUCCAAACCACAGCCUUCCCAGCAGUGUUUAAACCUGAAUUAGUUAGAGAUUCCUAGAAACCUAGCACUCAUUCGUGAUGCAACCUGGGUAAAUAAUUUAGGCUGUCUGAACCUAAGGUUCUUUAUCUGUAAGAUGAAAGGGAAAGGUUUGGAAAUAUACCCACUUCAUAGAAUAAUUGUGAGGAUUACCCAUAAUCGUUAUUUUAUGUGUACUAGGCAUAAUGUUGUUAGUGUGUGUGAGUUCUCUGAUUCUUUAUACCCACUUUUCCAAAGAGGAACAAAAAUUCAUCCCUAGACAUCAAGCCCAGGGUGUUUGGAGUUGUAAGUGUUAUCAGGUCAUUCACUCAAUUAUCCAUUCAACACUUACUAAGCACUUACUCAAUGGCUAGCCCUGUGUUGGGCUCUAUUGAUAUUAGGCCCUGUUCUUAGCAGAAAUGAUAUACUCCUAGGGAGGCAAGUACCAGUGGCAUAUAAAAUAUAAGCUUACAGAACAAGCAGGGCACAAGCUGCUCUGUGUUUGAACCCAAAUGUGUUAGCUGUAGUGUAUUAGGAGAUACAAGAGAGUGGGAACUAGGGUAGACUAGGCUGGAGCACCCAGGGGCAGACUACUGCAAGAGGAAGGGCCUAAGCUGGGCCUUACUGAAUACAAUGGUUUUAGUUCCUCUACGAAUUAAAUAAGCAGCCUUGGGCAAAUCACUUCACUAACCUAGGUAUUUCAUCAUCUCAGAAAAGAAUUUCAGUAUUUCUCCUAUUCAAUUUUAUAGGGUAGAUUUGAGAAUCAACUUAAAAAAUGGAGAGAAGGGGGGCGCCUG